CGUGACAAUUGUAUGACGUAAGACGUUUGGAAAAAUUCACAACUUUCACAAGAAAAUCUGUUUUUGUAGAUUUUAGAUUUGAAUUUUCAGAAAUGCAAUAAAAUUUGAGAAUGGACGAUUCGAAAACGAUUUGGUGUGGCAAUUUAUCAGACAAAGUUACCGAAGAACUGCUCUACGAACUGUUUCUACAAGCUGGACCCUUGGAAAGGGUCAAAAUACCAACUGACAAGGAGGGCAGGAAAUCCAAUUUUGCUUUCAUCACCUUCAAGCACCUAGAGUCUGUGAACUACGUUUUGCGUCUAUUGGAUGGGGCUCGUAUGUUUGACAGGAACCUCAAUAUCAAGCCAAGAAAUAAUAACUCUGCCCAAAAACAACAACAACAUCCUGGGAAUGACUUCCAAGCUGAAAGGGUGCAACAAUUGAGAAUGGGGCACAAUGUACAAAUGCAUUCUGAUGAAUCUUCAAGAAGAUUUGGUAAUGACUCACCUAGGAGAUUCAAUGACAAUUCUCCUAGAAGAUUUGGUGGAAAUAGACAUGGUAAUUGGGAACAUGAGCAUUACCAUGAGAGAGAAGAUAGGCAAAGGGACUAUAAGUUUUUUCACCAGGAUGAUGAACACAAUUCACCUAAUCGAAGGAGACAUCAUAAUCAGCAUAAUGAGGGUAGAGGACACUUCAAUGAAAGGCACAGCAGGAAAAACCAAAGGCGAUAUUGAUGAAUGAUGUUUGUGUUUUGGGUUGUACAGUUAGACAGAACUGAGAUUUUUUUUUACAUUCAACAUGCAUGUUUCUAUCAUUUUUUUUAUUCCAUAUAGGUAUAAUGUUAUUCUAUUUGACUAAUAAAAAGUACAGACGGGGUUC